AUGCCUGGGACGACAGUUGAUCCAAUUGAUGUUGAAGUGGCCGAGAGGGCUAGGAAUGGAACUAAUAGCCUUCGACCACGAACCCCUUCGCCAUCAGGUUUGUCUCUUACAGAGUACAGUGCAAACCCCUCGCCGCCAUCGGAGCGUAGACAAAAAGAAGUCAUUCCUCAGGAAUUUCUCUUGCCCAAUGGACAUCCUGAUUAUCUCCGCCUAAUCCUUACCUCAAGGGUAUACGAAGCGUGUAAAGAGACUUCUCUCACACAUGCUACAAACCUCUCGAACAGACUCGAAUGCAAUGUCUUACUCAAGAGAGAAGACGAGCAGCCUGUCUUCAGCUUCAAGCUGCGAGGCGCCUACAACAAGAUGGCCCAUCUCGAUCGAAGCCAGAGCUGGAAGGGUGUAGUUGCUUGCAGUGCCGGAAAUCACGCCCAGGGAGUAGCCUACUCUGCUAGAUUACUCAAGAUACCAGCAACAAUCGUUAUGCCCUCGGGAACGCCGAGUAUCAAGCAUAGAAAUGUUUCAAGAUUAGGCGGUGCCGUGGUGCUUCACGGUCAGGACUUCGACGCUGCUAAAGAAGAAUGCGCGAGACUGGAAAAGCAACACGGCCUGCUCAACAUACCACCCUUUGACGACCCUUAUGUCAUCGCUGGACAGGGAACUAUAGGAAUGGAGCUGCUACGACAGACAAACAUCCAGAAACUCCAAGCAAUAUUCUGUUGCGUAGGUGGAGGUGGCCUUAUCGCAGGCAUUGGCGUGUACGUUAAACGCAUUGCACCACACGUCAAGAUAAUCGGAGUCGAGGCUGAGGAUGCGAAUGCCAUGGUCCAGUCAUUGCGGGAAGGCAAGCGAGUGGUUCUAAAGGAAGUGGGCUUGUUCGCCGAUGGCGCAGCGGUUAGGACAGUCGGCGAAGAAACUUUUAGGAUAUGUCAAGAAGUGAUCGAUGAGAUUGUCGAAGUGAAUACCGACGAGACCUGCGCCGCCAUCAAAGAUGUGUUCGAAGAAUCCCGCUCUAUCGUAGAGCCGGCAGGCGCGCUAGCUCUUGCUGGACUGAAGAAGUGGGUGUUAGCGAAUCCGUCCAGCAACCCGAAUCGAUCCGUCAUAGCCAUCACAAGCGGUGCAAACAUGAACUUCGACAGGCUGCGCUUCGUAGCCGAGCGCGCUACUCUCGGCGAGGGUAAAGAGGCCUUACUGCAUGUUAGCAUCCCGGAGAAGCCGGGGUCUUUUGCCGAAUUGAUCAACCAUGUUAUGCCGCAUGCUGUGACAGAGUUCUCCUAUCGCUACGCAACUAAUGAAAUUGCCAACAUUUUAGUUGGUAUAUCAUUGACAGGUGGGGCAGCAGGACGAGAUCAAGAGCUCCAGGACCUUAUAGACCGAAUUAACCGUGCGGGCAUGACGGCCACAGACCUGUCAGGUGACGAGCUUGCCAAGUCACAUAUCCGUUACCUUGUAGGGGGCCGGUCAGACGUUGCAGAUGAGAGGUUGUACAUGUUUAACUUUCCCGAACGUCCCGGCGCCCUUGAGAAGUUUUUGGGAACUUUACAAUUGAGAUAUAACAUCAGUUUAUUUCAGUACAGAAACGGCGGCAGUGAUAUAGGUAAAAUAUUGACGGGUAUACAAUGCCCCGAAUCAGAAGUGACCGAAUUAGAGAAGUCAUUCAAGAAGAUCGGGUACCCAUGGGAGGAUCGCACACAAAGUUCGAUCUUCAAGACAUUCUUGAGGAGCGAGCAGUAG